AUCACAUGACCCUUCAAAAUGGUAGACGUUCCUAAAGUUUUACCGGUUACUUUAUUUCUUGCAUUUGUGCUUUCUUUAAGUGUAAAUGCAGGUAUUCCUAAAAUUCUUCGAGGGCGACCAAAAGGUGGUAUGCUUGGAGUACCAAAAUGGAAUGGAAAGAAAGAAGAAUUGCCUCCUGACAUGUGGCUGAAACAAAAAUUGGACCAUUUUAAUAAUGCUGAUACAUCAUACUGGGAACAAAGAUAUUUUGUAAAUGAUACCUUUUACAAAGAUGGUGGUCCAAUUUUUAUUAUGAUUGGAGGUGAGGGUACAGCAAGUCCCGUCUGGAUGGUGGAAGGGAUGUGGAUAGAAUAUGCCAAAACUUAUAAUGCAAUGUGUUUCCAGUUAGAGCACAGAUAUUAUGGUAAAAGUCAUCCUACUGAAGAUACAAGUGUAGAGAACCUGCAUUAUCUCAGCAGUGAACAGGCCUUAGCAGAUUUAGCCUAUUUUAUAAGAUAUGCCAGAGAUAAAUAUCAACUGUAUCAUAACAAGCUUAUUACAUUUGGUGGAUCUUAUCCAGGUUCCCUGUCUGCCUGGUUUAGAGUAAAAUACCCACAUUUAGUCAAUGGUGCAGUUGCAACUAGUGCUCCAAUAAAUGCUGUUCUAAAUUUUGUUGAAUAUUUAGAUGUAGUAUCUAAAGCCUUAGACACAACUGGUCCAAUGUGUAAUAAGAUGGUUCAAACAGCACACAUGACAGUUGGCAAGAUGCUUCAGACAGACUCAGGAAGAAAGCAACUAAAAAAACUGUUCAAGUUGUGUGAUGAUAUUGAUAUUGCUAACACCAAGGAUGUAGCUAACUUUUACUCUAAUUUGGCUGGUAACUUUGAAGGUGUUGUACAGUACAAUAAGGAUAACAGGGCUUUUGAGGGUGCAGUUGGGACCAAUAUAACUGUUGAUACAUUAUGUAACAUAAUGGAAGAUGUUGGACGUGGUGAUCCUAUAAAUAGAUAUGCAGCUGUUAACACUUUAAUGUUGACUACAUAUUCAGAAAAAUGUAUGGAUUUUUCUUACAAAAAUAUGAUAGAUGAUUUAACCAAAACUGACUGGAACAGCAGCGCUGCGGAAGGCGGACGUCAGUGGACGUACCAGACAUGUACAGAGUUUGGAUUUUAUCAGACUUCAGAUUUGAAAGAUCAACCAUUUACAGGUUUUCCUUUGAAUUUCUCUAUACAGCAAUGUGUUGAUAUAUUUGGAGCCAAAUUUAAUGCUGAUUUAAUACAGAAAGGAAUCAACAGAACAAACACUAAUUAUGGAGCAUAUGCCAUGAAGCCUACAAAAAUUGUGUUCCCUAAUGGUUCUAUAGAUCCAUGGCAUGCUCUUAGUUUUACUACAACCAGUGCAGAUCAAAACUUCACUACUAUUUAUAUUGACGGUACAGCCCACUGUGCAAACAUGUAUCCGUCUACCCCAGCAGAUCCACCACAACUAACUGAGUCAAGAAAAGUAAUAAGUAGUCUGAUUGGUCAAUGGCUUACCACAUGACAACUCAGUGGGAACAAUGCAUCACAUUUGAUACACAUGGUAUAACCAUAUAUUUAGGAGAUGAAUUUGAGAAAUGAAUGCUAGGAUCACAGUCAAGAGAUGAUAUUAAUUAAAAGAGAACAGUGAUUAUGUAAAAGAUUUUGAAUAGUAUACAUUAUAUACAUUUUGAUAAAUCUUGCCAAUUCUUAUUUCUACCUGAAUGUUUAUUUUUACAUUAUAUUUAUUAUAUUUGUAUAAUUUUCAAUUGUUUUGUUUAUUAAAAUGUUUCCAUGUAAGCUUAA